AUGAAAAACACAGUACCCACAGAAUUCAUUCUUCUAGGACUAUCAGAUGACCCAGAGCUACAGAUUGUGAUUUUUCUUUUUUUAAUUAUUACAUAUGUAUUAAUUGUCACUGGAAAUUUGACCAUCAUCACCCUAACCUUGGUGGACUCCCAUCUACAGACACCUAUGUAUUUCUUCCUCAGGAACUUCUCUAUUUUAGAAAUAUCCUUUACAAAUGUCUGUAUUCUGAGAUUUCUGGGCACAAUUAUCACCAGAGAAAAAACUAUUUCAUACAAUUGUACAGCUCAAUUGUUUUUCUUCAUUUUCAUGGGUAUAACUGAAAUCUAUCUUCUAACCGCCAUGUUCUAUGAUCGCUAUGUGGCCAUCUGCAAACCCCUGCGUUAUACAACCAUCAUGAACAAAAGAGUCUGCAUGUCACUUGUCUUUUGUGCUUGGCUGGCAGGAUUCUUAAAUAUCUUCCCACUAAUUUUUUUUCUCCAGUUAGAUUACUGUGGCUCCAAUGUCAUUGAUCACUUUUCUUAUGACUGUUUUGCCCUCUUGCAAUUAUCUUGCUCAGACACCUGGUUCCUAGAAGUGAUUGGUUUUUACUCUGCAAUAGCGAUUCUCCUUUUCACUUUGACAUUAAUAAUUCUAUCCUAUAUGUUCAUUAUUAGGGCAAUUCUGAAACUGCCUUCUGCCAGUCAGAGGAAAAAGGCAUUUUAUACAUGCUCCUCUCACAUGAUUGUCAUUUCCAUCUCUUACAGAAGCUGCAUAUUCAUGUACGCUAACCCUUCAGCAAAAGAAAAGGCAUCAUUGACCAAAGGAGUAGCCAUUCUGAAUACCUCCAUUGCUCUUACGAUGAAUCCAUUUAUAUACACCCUGAGGAACCAGCAAAUGAAGCAAGCCUUUAAGGAUACUAUCCAAAAGAUUAUGUUUUUCUCUAGUAAAUGA